CAAACAAUUGGGCCGAAAGCACAACCAAACGUCAAAGCUCAAAUCCAAUGCACAAAGCUCAAACUUAUCGGCCCCACACUUUUGGACUUCCUUUCUGGCGCACACUACUUCUGUCGGCAAAUUUUAGAAACGUCGCCACAACACUCGUACGAUUUCAACGUUCAGUAAACGCGCGAUUGCCAACAAGUUCGGUACAUAAACGAAAGUGAGCAGUGGAAACCCAAGUGGAAGCAGUGAUUAAACUUAGGGAAAAAGAGGUGUAGUGAUCGUCAUAAACGUGGAACAGGGCAACGGAAACCGAACGUGUAGAAAUCGCAUAUUGUAAAAGAAAUUUGCAAAAAAAAUUUUAUCACAACGAAAAAAUCAUGUCAGCGAAAGCGGAUAUUGCAUUGAUCGGCUUAGCCGUUAUGGGUCAAAAUCUCAUAUUGAAUAUGAACGAUAAUGGAUUUGUUGUUUGCGCCUACAAUCGCACCGUGGAGAAGGUCAACCAAUUUUUAGCGAACGAGGCCAAGGGUACUAAUGUGAUCGGUGCAACAUCACUGCAGGAUAUGGUUAACAAAUUGAAAGUGCCACGCAAAGUCAUGCUUUUGGUCAAGGCUGGCAGUGCGGUGGACGACUUCAUCAAACAAUUGGUACCACUACUUUCGCCCGGCGAUGUUAUCAUAGACGGUGGUAACUCCGAGUACCAAGAUACCGCCCGUCGUUGCGACGAACUGCGUGCUCAUAAACUAUUAUACGUUGGUUCUGGUGUGAGUGGUGGCGAGGAAGGUGCACGUCAUGGUCCAUCCCUCAUGCCCGGUGGCCAUCCAGAAGCUUGGCCACUCAUACAACCAAUUUUCCAGGCCAUUUGCGCAAAGGCAGACAAAGAGCCAUGCUGCGAGUGGGUAGGCGAAGGUGGCGCUGGACACUUUGUGAAAAUGGUACAUAAUGGCAUUGAAUACGGUGAUAUGCAAUUGAUUUGCGAAGCCUACCAAAUCACGAAAGCACUUGGCCUCUCCCAAUCGCAAAUGGCUGCUGAGUUCGAAAAAUGGAAUAGUGAAGAGUUGGACUCAUUCCUCAUUGAAAUAACCCGUGACAUUCUCAAUUACAAAGACGAUAAAGGCUAUCUGCUGGAACGCAUUCGUGAUACGGCUGGUCAGAAGGGCACAGGAAAAUGGACAGCCAUAGCUGCGCUGCAAUAUGGUGUACCUGUAACGCUAAUCGGCGAGGCGGUGUUCUCUCGUUGUCUCUCCGCCCUCAAGGAGGAACGUGUGGCGGCCAGCAAGCAAUUGAAAGGCCCCGGUGUAAAAGCGCAGGUGGAUGAUCUGCCAAAAUUCUUGAAUCAUAUCAAGCAUGCGCUGUAUUGCUCAAAAAUUGUAUCGUAUGCACAAGGUUUCAUGUUGAUGCGCGAAGCUGCCAAAGAGAACAACUGGAACUUGAACUAUGGCGGUAUUGCGUUGAUGUGGCGUGGCGGUUGUAUCAUUCGCAGUGUCUUCUUGGGUAACAUCAAGGACGCAUACACCCGCAAUCCACAGCUUUCGAAUUUGUUGUUGGAUGACUUUUUCAAGAAAGCUAUUGAAGUAGGACAAAACUCGUGGCGUCAAGUUGUAGCCAAUGCUUUCCUAUGGGGCAUUCCCGUACCAGCUCUAUCGACUGCGCUCUCCUUCUACGAUGGUUACCGCACUGAGAAGCUGCCCGCGAAUUUACUGCAAGCGCAACGUGAUUACUUCGGUGCACACACGUACGAGUUGCUGGGCGCAGAGGGUAAAUUCGUGCACACUAAUUGGACCGGCACCGGCGGCAAUGUGUCAGCAAGUACAUACCAGGCGUAAAUGGCAUAAAUUAGCUACUAUUCCUGAUGACAUUCCACGGCUUAUUCUUAGUAACUAAUUAGAAAUUAAUUUUGCAUAAAUAUGUACAUAUAUAAGUACUUGAAAUACAAAUAACAUACAUAAUAAUGGUGUAAAUAAAAGUAAUGCAAUUUGGAUUUAAAGCGAAAUAUACU